UAUGCGAGAAUCACAUGCGAGUGUACACGCGGACCUGACGGAGAAACGCAUCAGCUGUGUUUGUCAUGCAAUUUCGGUUUGGAGAUAAUAAUGACAGCGCUCAUUGAUCAGGGUGAGGACAUGGGCCUGGUGAUGCCGAUAGAGCUGACGGACCCUCAGAAGGACGACGACCCCCAGGGGCCCGCUCACUUCAGGCAGAGCCUCAUGCUUCAGCUCAUUGACGAUCUGUCAUAUGAGGAUGUAAAGAAAUGCUACAGGGGCUCAACUGUCAGCAAAUACAACUCCCAGUACCACAAACUCUUCUCGGCCGUCCCGAAGGAGGAGAUCCUCAUGAAGGUUUAUUCCUGUGCUCUUCUGCGGGACAUUCUGCUGCAAGGACGGCUUUACAUUUCUCGAAACUGGCUGUGUUUCUACGCAAACCUUUUCGGGAAAGAUAUCAAGGUUGCCAUCCCGGUGGUGUCUGUGCGACUGGUGAAGAAACACAAAACGGCCGGCCUGGUGCCAAACGGACUGGCCAUCACCACCGACAGCAGCCAGAAGUAUGUGUUUGUGUCUCUGCUGUCGCGGGACAGUGUGUACGACGUGCUGAGGAGGAUCUGCACACACCUUCAGGUGAACGGGAAGAAGAGUCUGAGUCUGAAGCAGUUCCUGGAGGAGCCUGGCUCUCUGUCGAUGGAUGAGUUUCCGGUGUCCACUGAUUUCACGCCGGUGUUGAAGUGGCGCAGGAAACCGCCGGCUCCGUCCGUCUCUUCAUCGCUGCCGGACCUGCUGGGAAACUCCACGAGCAGCUUAAGCGCAGGAGACGCACCGUACACCGCAGAGACGCCGCUGGAGGAGAGACGGCUGGAGGCGGAGAAGAUCCUGCUGACUGAACCCGUGUCUGAACUGGGUCACAUGGAGUAUCAUCUGCUCAAGUUCUUCAUUCUGCUCAUCAUUUUGCUCAUCAUUUCAUCGUGUUAUCUGGCGUUUCGCGUCUGCAGUCUGGAGCAACAGCUGUCUUUCCUCAACACACAACCGGCGAUGAGCAUGAGAGAGAGGUACAAACACACGCUCAUACAUUAAUCACUCUUUCUUACAUUUACAUGACAUUUACAUUUAGACAUUU